CACCACCUUACAAAGUUUUUUUCCAAAAGAAGCGACCAUGGCGCAAACCGGAAGCGACGUAACUUCGGCAACGCCAACGGCAGACCCAUGGGAAUGAAAUCCCGCCCCUCGGCUAGCUGUGUUUAGCUUGUUAGCACCUCCUAUAUUAUAAGCUAACUAAUUUGGUUUUCCCUUCACCUAUUUCUGAACAUUUUAAACACACUGCAAUUCUGAACUGGAUGCCAGAAACCUGAACACCUCACUAUACAAGUGACCUUGUGUGAAUCCACCGACAUGUCUGAGGCCGUGGUGAUGGAGCCCCCCAGAGCAGACGGCUUCCUGGAGUCGUCCUGCGGUGUGGGAGACAGCGCAGCCUCCCUCGAUGACUGCAUCGUGGACACAGCAAACGAGUCGUCAGAGGAAGAUUCCGCGGGGGAAAAGGAAGAGGAGAUUGGUCAACAUAAUGAAGUUACCUGCAGCACCAAGACAACAGAGGUCCCUGCUGAACACACCUCAAACGCACAAACAGUGAAAACCCAGCGCCCAAGCUCCCUGGCGGUGCCAGCAGCAGGAGAGCCUGGCCUGUGGACAUCACAGGGCGAUGCAGAGGUAAAACUGAGGAUGGGGGAAUCUGGUGUGGCUGCUGAGACCCCUCUGACCGUCAACCAGAUGUUCACCGCAACUGUGGAGCGAUUUGGUGACUACAAAGCUCUGAGCUGGAAAGAUGGCGAGCAGCAGAAGAGCCUGACCUACAGAGAAUACUACCAGUCCUGCCGCACUGCUGCCAAGAGCUUCAUGAAGCUUGGUUUGCAGCGCUACCAUGGCGUCGGCAUCCUGGGCUUCAACUCCGCCGAGUGGUUCAUCGCUGACAUUGGAGCCAUUCUGGCAGGUGGGUUUGCUGUGGGCAUCUAUACCACCAACUCUCCUGAGGCGUGCCAGUAUGUUGCAGAGAACUGCAAGGCCAACAUCAUCGUAGUGGAGAACCACAAACAGCUGCAGAAGAUCCUUCAGGCCGAAGACAAGCUGCCACACUUGAAAGCCAUUAUCCAAUACAAAGAUGCACUGAAAGAGAAGAGACCAAAUCUGUACUCAUGGGCCGAGUUCAUGGAGCUCGGACGUGAAGAGCCCGACGAACCCCUCGACGCGAUCAUCUCCAGCCAGAAGCCCAACCAGUGCUGCAGCCUCAUCUACACCUCAGGAACCACAGGCCAGCCCAAAGGAGUCAUGCUCAGCCAUGAUAAUAUUACGUGGACUGCGCUCUCCACCAGCCGCCAUGUGCAUCUUACAGACGCUACUCUGGCACAGGAGGUGGUGGUCAGCUACCUGCCACUCAGCCACAUCGCCGCCCAGAUGGUCGACAUGUGGAUCACCAUGAAGGUCGGAGGGAUGACGCACUUCGCUCAGCCAGAUGCACUGAAGGGCUCUCUGGUGAACACAUUGAAGGAGGCUCGUCCCACAGCCUUCAUGGGUGUCCCACGAGUGUGGGAGAAGAUGCAGGAGAAGAUGAAGUCUGUUGGAGCCAAGUCUUCGACUGUGCGCAGGAAGGUGGCUGCCUGGGCCAAAGAUGUCGGUCUGCAGACUAACCUGACCAAGAUGAAUCAAAGCGCGGCAGCUGGCCGCACACCUUUCAGCUAUCAAAUAGCCAAAAAGCUUGUGUUCAAGAAGGUGCGUAAGGCCCUGGGCCUGGACCGCUGCAGCAAGUGCUACACAGGCGCCGCUCCCAUCACCAAAGACACCCUGGAGUUCUUCCUCAGCCUUGAUAUUCCUCUGUACGAACUGUACGGCAUGAGCGAGAGCAGCGGACCUCACACCAUCUCCAGCCCUGAAGCCUUCAAGCUCACCAGUUGUGGUAAAGAAAUCCCAGGGUGCAAGACAAAGCUGCACAACCCGGACGAGGAGGGAAACGGCGAAAUCUGCUUCUGGGGCCGUCACGUCUUCAUGGGUUACCUCAACAUGCCCGACAAGACAGAGGAGGCUCUUGAUGCAGAGGGCUGGCUGCACUCUGGUGACCUCGGCAAACACGACAAGAAGGGAUUCCUCUUCAUUACUGGAAGAAUCAAAGAGCUGAUCAUCACAGCAGGAGGAGAAAACAUCCCUCCCGUUCCGAUCGAGGAUGCGGUGAAGGAGGCAGUGCCGCUGAUUAAUAACGCCAUGCUGAUCGGAGACAAGAGGAAGUUUCUGUCCAUGCUGCUCACCAUUAAAUGUCAGGUAAACGCAGAGUCAGGGGAACCCGAGGAUGAGCUGACAGCAGAAGCUGUCGAGAUCUGCCGGAAGCUGGGCAGCAACGCCACAAAAGUCUCUGAGCUCGCAGGCGGACGAGACCGGGCCGUCCACACCGCCAUCCAGGAGGGAAUUAACCGGGUCAACGAGAAUGCAACCUCCAACGCUCAGCGUAUUCAGAAGUGGAUCAUUCUGGAUCGGGACUUCUCCGUCACAGGAGGAGAGCUGGGCCCUACCAUGAAGCUGAAGCGUCCAGUGGUGGCGAAGAUGUACAAGGAGCAGAUCGAGAACUUUUAUAAGGAGCUCGCAACUCCAACGACCCCCGACGCCCCGCUGCCUCCGAAGUAAAGCAGCUCCUCCACCUGCAGGGAGAUCCAGACCGUCUCCGCCUCAUUUAUCCAGCCUCUCCCUGCUGCCGUUCGUCUCUUAUACAAACAGUUUGGUUGCCUUAAUUUUUUCGGUCAUUCUGUCCUGGUUUACAUUUAUGGGCGCUGUACAAAAGAGAAGCAUAAACAUGAGAAGCCAUUGUACAAUAGCUUUAUGAUUUUGAAGAAAAAGUUCUAUUUAUUUGGAUGAACAACGGAUAGAUGAAGUAGCCGCAGCUGUGUGUCGAGGAAAUAGUUUAUUGCACUGCUUUUACUUGAGAUAAAGAAAUGGAGAAUCCAAAAGAAUACGAGUUCAUAGGAUGUUUUAAAAUGAGUAAUUUGUGUUUUGUUUUUUUGUGAACAUUUUAUUUAUUUUUCAGUUUGCCAAAGUUUAUGUGGGCCAAAUGAGCUUCAUGAAAUUCAGCAAUCCUGUCAAGAUGUUUACUAGCCUUUUUACACAUCUUUGGUCUUUCUCUCAUCUUUGUCAACCUGGUUUUAAGCUAAAUAUUAAUAAUCACUUAUUUUGUACGUGUUCAAUAAGUCCCAGGUGUGUUGAAAUCUAUCUCGUAGUGAAGCAUCCAAAUUUAGUUUUUCCAUGCUGUGAAAAAACAUGUCAUUGAAGCCAUAUCUAUCGCCUUUUGUAACUGUAAAGUCAGUGAAGCCUGCACACCUGCCUGGUCCUGUUGUUGAAAUGUUUUCCAACAGUCCUUCUGUGUGUAGACCUGCUGUGUUUUGUAUGUAAUAUUGUAAAUAUGUUCUGCCUACAUCUUCAUCUUCCACUCGUCUUCAUUUAAUUUUCAUUAUUCUUCGGUUGAUCUUUCUGCCAUUUAUUCAGCAUUUACGCGUCAUUAUUUGCACUCAAAUGUGGAGAAAGUGUAGCAGGUAUGGAGAAUGUACAUACGUCAGAUGAUAUGUGGGUUUACUGCAAAUAUAUCAACUGCAUAAGAGUUGUCUCUAUUGGGCUGACACAUGUAUAAAUGUUCAGAUGGUUCGAGGUUCUGAUCCGCGCCUGUCGCCUCCUUGAAGACAUUUCAUCUUCAAAAUAAAACACUCUAAAGGAAAUAAAGAGAAGUCCAAAGAGCUGAUCUUGUGUAUGAAGUAAUUGUAUAUAGGCAUAUUGUAGGUAUUUGUAGCACUCUGAGCGUUCAAAGUGAAGGCUCAGUUUGAAGAAAUUAAAGUUCAGGAUUAGAGCGGAGCAGUUUCGCUGGUGUGUGUGUGUGUGUGUGCGCGUGUAUAGAUAAAUAGGGAAAUGAUGGCGAUUCAGUGUGUCAGGGUGAGUGAGUUUCAACUCCAUGAAGCCAAUAAUAUGCAUCAUCUGAACAUUGAACCGCCUCUAACAUGAAGAUUUUGUGUCCAAGAAGUACAAAAGAACCAAUAUUAUUUGAGUGUUCAAACAGUUCAGCGAGAGCUCACAAGACCCCCGACAGAAAACUGGAGUUACCUGACCCUAAUAAGGUGUUAUUAUUGUGAACUAUAUCAGGGUUGAAAGAUUGAAAUAUGCAUGAUGCCACAGGAGAGAAGUGAAGCUGCCCUGUGUGUGUUUGAUCAGUUAUGGAAUAAAAGUUGAUGAAGCUGA